UUCAUUGACGGUGGUGAAGUGUGUGAGACGUGGAGGCAAAGGUUAGGUGUUGAAGCUCUGCAGACUCCUGAUGGCGUCUGCUUCUGAUAGCAGAGUGGAGGAACAGCCACCAGCACUGCCAGUCAAACAGCGCAGGUUUUCCAGUGUGGACUCCGACUCUGUUAUCCUCCAGCAUCAAAACCACACAUGCAACGAUGUCUUCCAAGAGUACGCUGACUGCCAUGCAGCCCAGUGCCCCAUUCACCAUCAUCACGAUCUGUCCAAACAACAGGGGAGAGCUUUCUCCGAGACCACCCCGCCACCUGUGCCAAAGAAGAAACUGAAUCGCUCCAUCUCCUUUCCUGUCACCGAAAUGUCUUCACCCUCUCCUGCAACUUCCCCUUUUCCACGGGAAACACACUUUGAAAACCCCCUGUACAUGAUGACGGGGAUACCGGACACUUUUUUCCAAGAGGAGGCAGAAGAUAUCAGAUCACCUAGAGGGAGUCCUGUCCCCUUGCCGUCCCUCUCCCAGCUGUCCUUUGACACCCCAGAUGAUCAUCUGCCCUCCAUCUUUAGUAACAUUGAAGACCGGCAGGUUGUUUCUCAGGAGAUUCAGCAUCGCCUCCUGCUGUUACUCAGAAGCAUGGCCCGGAGUGUGGAGGUCCGGAGCCUGCGACAGGGAGAGGCCACAGGGAGGGGUUUCACCUCAUAUCAGCCGCAGGACUUCCUGCUGUGUGAGAGGAGCAAGCCAAAGCAGAUUGGAGACAACAUUUACUACAGCAUCUACAGCCCAGAGUUCCCAAAGAGGGUGCUUGGCUUAAAGGUACACAAGCAGACGGGGGACUCUUCCUCGGCUCACGCCGCACACCUGCCGUCUCAUGUCAAUGUGCAAGAUGUUAUUGCUCAUUUCCAACCCAGCAACGACCUACAAAAAUGCAGCACCACAUUGCAGUAUUCCACAAACAGCUACUGUUCUCCAAAGCCACACUGCAGUAACUCUGAACCAGCAGCAGGGGGCAGCACUGAGGCGGCCACGGUGGAGAGUCUCCUGCAGAGAGGAUGCAGCGCGAGUGUUGAGCGAGACCUCCCACACGCCACUCUGGACGACUUUGUUCAAGAAGGCAGCUCGCUGCCACGCACUGAGGGCUCACAUUAUGACCGACAGGUGUGUGUCCUGCUGCUGCAGGUGCUGGUGGGAGCGCAGCACCUGCACAGCAGCGACGCUGCGGCAGCGCUCAAGUCUCGCGAGAUCUUGCUGGUGUGGCCCUGGUGGGAACGGGACGGGCCAGAAAACGAGAUGAAAGUAGAUGUUUCCCAGGGUUUGGGAGGCUCUAAGGAAAGGGGACAAACUGAGAGUAAAGGGGAGAUUCAGGCGUUGUGGAAAAGGCACGGCUCCCCGCGCGUGGUGCUCGUGCCGCAGCGGCAAUCUCAGCCAAUCACCUCCAUCAAAUCACAAAUUGGAGCCUUGAUUCAGUUUUGCCUGCAGUGUGGAGAAAAGACACCUCUUGGCUCUUUGUUCAAGUCCUCCUACAGAAGGGGGCUCCUCCUCAUGUCCUCUCUGCUGCAGGGGGAUAACCCGCCCCAGAUGUCCAGUAUGGUGGCCGUGCUUCAGGUGCUCCUCUGGGGCCCCAGAGGGCCCCUCUUUGACCCCCAGGGCCCCUCAGGGGUCACCGUGUGUCACUGGCUCACAAUCAAACGCGCCCUGCUGCUGAUGAAGCUGGCAGAGAGGGGGCUGAACCUGGACCGGUCUGCUCUGGACUGGGAGGACUGUUUGUGUCUGCAGUAUCUGGCAUUUACAGACGCACAAACCAUUAUGAGGGCCGUCGGUCUGCUGGAGGACACUCUGAGCAGCAACUAAAGCCUGAUUUAUGGUUCUGCGUUAGAUCGACGCAGAGCCUACGGCGUAGGGUACGCGGCGACGCGCACCGUAGGCUCUGCGUCGGUGUAACGCAGAACCAUAAAUCAGCCUUAACACUUACCUUGAAUAAAUUGUGUGAUUUUGUAAAGUUUGAGCUAAAAUACCUCUCUAGCCUGCCUUACUAGUAGCCACUUUCAAAACUGAUGUUGAAAAUAAAAU